CAUACAUCAUGAGGCAACUCGAACUGGACAGUCUUGCGCAGGUGCUUGCAGUCCCGAUAGCGGCAUUAGUGCAGGGAAAUUAUACAACGUUUGGGAUGCCCAUGGAGAGGGGUUCAACGAGAACCAAGUGGGACCAUUGCGGACAGACAGAUCGGAUACAAUCUCAGAGACACAGAGGGUUUCGACCUCCUCUCCCCAGAGUUCUGACAUGAGAAGCCCCAGUCCCAUGAAUUCCCACAAGGCACAGUUAUCAGACAAACACCAGCAGCACUCUCCUGAGAAGUUUGCUCUGAGGGGCAGGCAGAGGGGCAUGACUGACAGCCCCUCUCCUCCACCACCACCUCCACCACAAAGGCACAGGCGCAGCCCUGUUCAGCCACAUGUCGGACACCUGGACAUUUUCGACCAAAACAGUGACCACUCCAGCGACUACUCGGCUGAGAGCGAGGACUACUCCGGGGAGCAGGAGGGGCCGUCCAGCCCGGCGAGCGAGCCAUGGGGCCGGAGUCCUCGGGAGAUCCCACCUCAGUGGAUGACCGUGCUGUACUUUGGUGGGAGAAAAGAGCAGCUGAGGAUCAACCCAGCGGCUGGCAUCGAGCUUCCCCGCAAAAGGUUCAGCAUCGAGCUUUGGGUUAAGCCAGAAGGAGGGCAAAACAACCCAGCCAUCAUCGCAGGAGUGUUUGACAACUGUUCUCACCCUCUGAACGAGAAAGGGUGGUCGGUCGGUAUUCAGACAUCUGAGCCGGGGGGCAGAAAAGAUGGCAGGUAUUUCUUUUCCCUCCGGACGGACCGAAACCCCAGAGCCACCACUAUCAGAGGCCACCAGCACUACCGUCCCAACAUCUGGACUCAUUUGCUGGCCACCUACGACGGCAGCAGGAUGGCCCUGUACGUGGACGGGGCGAAGGUAGGGGAGGCCGGCCAUCAGACCGGCGCGCUGUACAGCCCCUUCAUGAGGACCUGUCGCAUGUUCUUCCUGGGCGGGGACCAGACAGACGCCAGGCGCAGCUUCCGGGGGCACGUGGGCGGCGUGCGGCUGUGGGGUCACCCGCGCGCCCACGAGACGCUCCUUGCCGGGUACAGCCAGAAGGAGAGGCAGAGCCCGCUGCUCGCCACCUGGGCGGACUUCACCCGCGCCGACCAGUGGUGGCUGCCCUACAAGGACGGUCACCACCCGGCCGUGCUGGCCGCGCCCGUGCCCGAGCGCGAGCUCGUCUCGGCCUUCCUGCCGCCGCCGUGCGGCCUGACCGUCUGCGACAACGCGGACGUGGCCCUGAGCUACGGCGCGCACUGGUGGCUGCGCACGGAGAAGCGCAUCCACUACCGCGUGGUCAACGUGUGCGACGACGACGGCGGCCGCCCCACCGUCUCCGCCGCCCAGAUCCAGCGGCAGCACCGGGCGCUGGCCGCCGCCUUCCGGCCGUACAACCUGACCCUGGAGCUCAGCGUGCAUGCCGCGCACAACUCCUCCCUGCGCCAGCGCUUCAUCCUGGGCAGCUGCCUCAGCGCCAAGAUCGGCAACAAGCACUGCGACCCCGAGUGCGACCACCCGCUGACGGGCCACGACGGCGGCGACUGCCUGCGCCAGGGGCCCUGCUACCCGUGGAGGCGGCGCGACGGCGAGUGCAACAGGGAGUGCAACAACGUGGACAACGAGUACGACGACGGAGACUGCUGCGACCCCGACGUCACCGACGUGGCCAAGACCUGUUUUGACCCCGAGUCGCCGUACAGGGCUUACCUGAGUGUCAGGGAGCUGAGAGAGCUGCUUCAUCUGAACAGCUCCAACACACUCAACGUCUUCUUUGCCAACAACUCAGCCCGCGAGGAGCUGGCCGGAGCAGCCACCUGGCCCUGGGCAAAGGAGGCCCUCACCCACCAGGGUGGCAUGAUUCUAAACCCCUCCUACUACGGCACCGUGGGACACAACAACACCAUGAUCCACGAGAUGGGCCACAUCUUCGGCCUCUACCACGUCUUCAAAGGGGUCAGCGAGCGGGAGUCGUGCGAUGACCCCUGCCAAGAGAUCGAGGCGUCCAUGGAGACGGGCGACCUGUGCGCCGACACAGCGCCCACCCCUAAGUCCAAGGCUUGCCGCGAUCCAGACCCCGUCAAUGACACCUGUGGCUUGACCCACUAUUACAACACGCCGUACAGCAACUACAUGAGCUACACAGAUGAUAGUUGCACCAAUCACUUCACACCUAAUCAAGUGGCGAGGAUGCACUGCUACGUAGAUUUGAUCUACCACAGUUGGGUUGAGGACCGAAAACCCGCCCCCGUGCCUCUUGCACCAAUGGUGGUUGGCCAGACAGGAGACUCAGUCUCAAUCCACUGGCUGUCUCCAAUUAGUGGCCCACUCUAUCAGAGGGAGGGUGAUGUGAACUGUCAGAGGUGCGAUGAGGAUGGGGUCCUUCAUCAGUAUGCCCACGAAGCUUCGUCUCCUCAUGCGUGUGACACCUCCGGGUACUGGACGCCCGAAGAAGCCGUUGGUGCGCCUGAUGUGUACCAGCCGUGUGAGCCCAGCAUGCAGACCUGGAGCCCGGAGGUGAGCCUGUACGACGCCAACAUGACCUCCCCCUGUCCCCUGGGCGAGGGCUGCAUGCUGGAGCUCCUCUUCCUCCACCCCGUCGUCCCUGACAGCCUGACCGUCUGGGUCACCUACAUCUCAGCCAGUAAUCCAGCCAUAUCUGAUGUGGAGUUGAUCCUGGAGAGCGGCGAGUCCCUCCACAUGGGCCCCUACAGCGUCUUCUGUGACGUCCCCCUCACGCUCCGCGUCCACGCCAGCCAGAGAGUGUCCACUGUCCGGAUCCGCACCUUCGACAAGAAGAUGGAGAUCGACGCCGUGCUGCUGACCUCGCGACCCCGCAACGCCCUCUGCUCCAGCUGCCAGCCGCUGCGCUACCGGCUCCACAGGACGCCCGCCUUCAGGAGGGAGCGCGGCCCCGCGCACCUGAGCCAGCUCACCUACACGGACAGGGAUGUGGUGCGGGGUGUGCAGUACCAGUACAGGGUGCAGGUGGAGGCCGGGGGCCGCCUGAGCGAGCUCUCCCCCCCGCUGCUCUACAGCCACCCCCAGCCCUUCUGUGGGGACGGCCUGCUUCAAGGGAUGGAGAGGUGUGAUGAUGGGAAUCUCUUGGAUGGAGACGGCUGCUCCAAAAAAUGCCUGAUGGAGCCAGGCUUCAACUGUGAAGGUCAGCCGAGCCUGUGCUACGUCUUCGAGGGAGAUGGCGUGUGCGAGGAGUUCGAGAAGGGCUCCAGCGUGCAGGACUGCGGCUACUUCACGCCCGUCGGCUUCAAGGACCAGUGGGCCUCCGCCGCCUGGGCGUCCCACCACGACCAGCGAUGCCCAGCCGCCGCCGCCACGGGAGAGCCGUCCAUCUCCCAGAUGUGCAAGUCCCAGAAUGUGGAUGUGGACAACGUGGUGACCCAAGAGGCGUGGGUGCCCUGCACAGCGCUGGCCCAGAUGGGCAGCUACUACGAGCAGCAGCAGCCUGUGUGGCUCAAGGUUGGAUUCGAGCAGCCGGGGGUGGCAGCCUCCGUUAUCGUCUAUCUGACGUCCGACGGAGGUUGGCAUGGCGACCACUGCAGGAGCAGCGUCUCCAUUCAGCUGUGUGACACUAAUGGGAAAAACCAUUCGCUCGGUGACUUUGAGCUGUCGUGCCAGCGUAACCCCCUGGUGGUGAACGUGACUCAUAACCUGAGCGCGCCCUUCUUCCUGACCUCGGCCGUGCUGCUCAACUUCUCGUCGGCGCACGUGGGCGUGACGGGGGUGGCCCUGCGCACCUCCUGUCUCUUCAGCGCCUUCGCCCUGACUGGGUGUGUGCGCCGACCCUGCGGCACGGACAGCUGCAGGCCGCUGCAGAUCGAGCACGCCUUCGUCACGUGCACCGCCGCGAGCGACGUCACCCGCUGCUCGGUGCUCUGCCACCACGGCUACACGCUCGGCGUGCUCAGCGGCAAAGGCCUCCCGUCCCACCAGCGUGCGAUCAAUGUGAGCUGCAGUCACGGCGUCUGGGAGCGGGUGGUGACAUGCCAGCCGGUGGACUGCGGGCUGCCCGAUCAGUCGCACGUCUUUUUUGCCACCUUCUCGUGCCCAUCGGGCACAACGUUCGGGAAGCAGUGCUCCUUCUCCUGCAAAGCCCCCGCUAUUUUACAAGGGGACAGUGAUACGUUAGUGUGUUUGGAGGAUGGCCUUUGGUCCUACCCUGAAGCCUACUGUAAGACAGAGUGUCCAGAACCCCCGGUGGUGCCCAAUGCCAGACUGCUGGUGCCCGAGUGUGAUGGUAGUGGCCACGACGUGGGGACAGCCUGCCGUUACAAAUGCAUCCCUGGGUAUUACGUGUCUGACAGCCUAAAUAAGAAAAUAAGAAAGAGGUUCCUGAAGCUGGAGUGUCUGGAGGGCGGGCACUGGGAGGCUGGCAGCUGCGCCCCGGUCUCGUGCCCCGCGCUGCCCGCCAUGUUCCAGGGCAUGUACACCUGCACCAACGGCCUGGACUUUGACACGGUCUGCACUCUCCACUGUCCCGGGCUCACAGAGAAGCACUCGAUCCGCUGCACAAAAGACGGCCGAUGGACGGAGGAGUUUCACAUGUGCAAAAACAUAGAGGGCGAUUGUCUGCCGCCACCUGACCUCAACUUGGUGGAGUACAUGUGCGAAGAUGGCUACAGCAUUGGUGCUGUUUGCUACCCAACAUGCAUUGUGGCCUUGAGCGACCCAGUGGUGUUGACCAACGGGACCACUGCUGACACAGUCAAGCACUGGAUGCUACCCAGCAAAGUUGAGAGUAUUGUCUGCACUGGUAUGAAGAAAUGGUACCCGGAUCCCAAGAGCAUCCACUGCAUUCAGUCCUGUGAGCCUUUCGGAGGCGACGGCUGGUGCGAUACCAUCAACAACCGGGCAUACUGUCAGUAUGACGGCGGAGACUGCUGUCCUUCAACGCUUUCCACCGGAAAGGUCAUUCAGUUUGGAGUGGACUGUGAUCAUGAUGAAUGCACUUGCCGCGAUCCUGAGGUGGAAGAGAACAAGAACAAAGGCAAAGCAACAGACCCAGGACAGCUUUGAGUGGUGGGGGAAGAUUUACUGUAUAUGGACAGCUCCAAUGAGACAAAAAGAACUCACAGAUGGGCAAUACAAAUGAACUCUGCCAUGUUCUGAUCACAGAAUGGCAUGGUGAUCCAUGUUCUAGCCAAAAGCAGUAUAUCAAGUAGCAGGUGCUUCAGAAAGUGCACAUAAAGUUAUACUAAUCUAUAAAAACUCUUCACUAAUAUAUUUUGGACAAUCUCUAACAUAGAAGUAGGUGUAGAUGUAAAAGAUUAUUUUAACAUCAUAUCACACAAAAAUGUAUGUCCUCUAUCCUUAUGGAACAAUUUGCAAACAUGCUAGUUAGAUGAAUAUGUAAGGUACAUCUUUCAGAGGUUUUAUACAAAUAUUAAGUACAUUUAUGAGAGUACUAGCUUGUUUUGUGUCCUAUUGAAAUAUCAAUAAAUUUAUCUGA